AUGAAUCUCUUCCACUCCACCAGUUUUGCCCUCCAGCAUGACGAACUCGACAACCGGGGAGUGGACUGGGUCAUCCACUACAAUUUUGACGACCUCGACAGCGCCCAAGCCGCCGAUGAAUUCCGAUCCUUAAUCCACGACCUCGAAUCCGCUCACCUGCGCACUCGAGUACGCCAUGGUUAUGGCUCGUCUUUACUGGUUUGCGUCCGCGUGCCCCGUGAUCAUCUGGGGCACAUGAUUCAUCAGUCGAGAAUAAAAGACUGGCUUUUCGGCAUCGCCCACGAGUUCCCCGCAGGAGACGAAUAUACCGUCGCCGACCCCGAAACCCCAGCCGAAGCGCUCCGAUCCGUCUACCACGCCGUCUCCUGGCACCACCACCUCGGCGGCGCAGGCAUUAUCCCCAAACACGGUCGCUGGAAGAAUGUCGUUGCCGCGUUUCCCCUGCACGACCCUUCCGCCAAUGCGGAAUUACUCCGCAAGUGGUCUCAUGCUCUUACUCUUACCGCUGAGGAUUUGGAUGCUAUUCGGGCUUUGUAUGGGGAGAAGGUCGCAUUCUACUUCGCCUUCAUCCACUGCUACUCCUGCUUCCUGAUCGUCCCCGCCCUCGGCGGCAUCCUCUGCUGGUGGUACCUCGGCUCCUACUCCAUCACCUUCGCCAUCCUCAACUGUUUCUGGGGCCUCGUCUUCGUCGAGUACUGGAAGAUCCGCGAGGCGGAUCUCAGCCUGCGGUGGAAUGUCAAGGGCGUUGGCGUCCUCAAGGUCAACCGCGUCGAGUACGUCUGGGACAAGGAAGUCCGUGACUCCGUCACCGGCGAAAUGAUCAAGGUCUUCCCCGGCCACAAGCAGUUUUUGCGCCAGCUGUGGCUUAUCCCGUUUGCGACGCUUGCGAGUUUGGUCCUGGGGAGCCUGAUCGUUGUGGCUUUUGCGCUGGAGGUCUUUAUUUCGGAGGUGUAUAGGGGGCCUGGGAAGGGGUAUCUGGAGUUUUUGCCGACUGUGCUGUUUUCACUUUCGUUGCCUUUCUUGUCGGGCAUCCUUACUCGCACGGCCUCUCGGUUGACGGACUACGAAAAUUACCGCACCCAGGACCAGUAUGAGCUGGCUCAGACGGCCAAGACCUUCGUUAUGCACUUUAUCACCGCAUUCCUACCGACUAUGUUGACGGCGUUCGUCUACGUGCCGUUCGGCAAGCGGAUCGUGCCCCUCGUCGACCUGUCCUGGAUGGGCGAUGUGGUCUUGGACCCGGCCCGACUCCGGAUCGACGCCUCCCGCCUCCAAAAAGAAGUCAUCUAUCUCUCCGCCAUGGCCCAGGUGCUCAGUUUCGGCGAGGAGGUCGUCCUGCCCUACGUGAAGCGAGUCCUCUGGCAGAAAUGGCGGGACUACAACCAGCAACGCACCGUGACGCGUCGCCACCGGUCCCUGUCCGUGCAAAGCGACCAGCUGCUGAUCGACCCGCCCGACGAGGCCGACUUCCUGGCGCGCAUCCGCAACGAGAGCGAAGCGGACGAGUACAGCGUUCACGACGAGACCCUGGAGAUGUGCGUGCAGUUUGGCUACCUCGCCCUGUUCGGGGUCGCCUGGCCGCUCGUCCCGCUGGGCUUCCUCAUAAACAAUUGGCUGGAACUCCGAGGGGACUUUUUCAAACUCAGCCUCGAGUGCCGACGCCCACCGCCCAUCCGCACAGACUCGAUCGGCCCCUCGUUACAGGGCCUCGAGGUGCUCACCUGGAUGGGCACUUUGUCCACCGCCGCCAUCGUGUACCUGUACCGGGAUGGCACCCCGGAGGUGCACCUGUGGUCGUUUCUGCUGACGAUCCUAGCGGCGGAGUGGGCGUACCUAGCAGCCCGAUUCGCCGUGCGCACGGGGCUGCAUAAGAUCGUUACGCAUCCUAUGCGGCACGAGGCCGCCAAGCGCUACGCCGUCCGAAAGACCUUCCUGGGAUCAUUCGUCCGUCGCGCCAACGGAUCCCCCAAGGGAAAGCCCCGGGUGCGCUUCCAAGACCACGUGAGUGUCUAUACCUCGGCCACCGACCUGCCAACCCGAGAAGAAAGCGUGCUCCACGACGAACAGGACGACGCGCCCGCCGAGGCGCGCUUCUGGUCGGGGCCGUCGAAUGAGACGGCGGACGCCGGCGUGCGGAUGAUCAAGGCGCUGUGUACGUCAUCUGAUGGGAGCAUAUCCCAGAAGAAGAUGGGCAAGGACGCGUAG